AUGUCGGAGGAUGAAUUUCAGGACAGGAGGAACAGGGUGUGCUUUAGGCUGAUUCAGAGACAAAAACAGUUGGAAGAGGUCAAAAAGAAGAAGGAGCAACUGGAGAGUUUGCAGGAGCUGCAUGAGGAAAUUGAGAACGUGCACAACUCACACUUCUCUGAAGAGAUACGACUGAAGUGCAAAGAAGCUAAACAACAUGUGGAGAAAGCAGAGAAGGUGACGACAGAGAUGCUUCAGGAAAAGGCUCCGCUUGAGAAGCUGAAGGAGGAACCUGCUCAGCUGACUGAGAAGAAGCAGGAGAUGCAGCAUCUGGUGGACAGAUACUCGGUGUACCAGGACUUUAUGGAGCAGCCGGUCAAAUAUACCAAGUUUAAGGACUCCGUAGAGCUUGCAGCUACCUUUGAGAAGCUCCUCCACUUCAGAGAGAAGCUCUAUCAAAAGGAAAUGAUGGAGCAGGAGAAGCAGAGUCAGCAGAGGAAAACUCUGCAGGAACUGGAGGAGCAGCACCAACUAUGGCAGCUGCAGGUCAACAACGAGCUGUCCCAGCUGCAGGCCGAGCUUGACAGAAAUCGCUCCAAAGUCACCAUCUGGUACAGAAAGUGGAACCACAUCGAGGAAACGGCGGCGAAGAAAAUGCUGCGGAAUGUACAAGUUAGGAUGGCCACGCUGAACAUGCACCAGAAGACGGGUGGGACGGUUAGAGGAGAGGACGGCAUGGACAUGCUGGACAUCAAGGAGCAGAUGGAUCAGAUCAGAAUGGUCUUCAAGGACGGCAGGGACAUCCUGAAGCGAUAUCAGGCCUCCGUCCGUAAUGCUUUGCUUUAAUUGUCCAUAAUGUUUAAUUAUUUACCUUUUUACCGUUAUCAAUGUUAUCGCCAAGCUCCUCCUUUGUGCUUCUUGACACCUGAGUUUUGUUUGGUGUCUUGUUGGCUAUAAACUGGAUAUAUAUUUUAGUCUAAAUAAAGACUUUUCCAAUGCAUUGAGAUUUUUAUGCUUUUUUAUCCACCGAAGUUGC